GACAGUUUCAUGACUGAUCAGCCGUCUCGCUGACUCCGCUGAGCGCUCAGAAGAAUUUCCAGAGAUCUUGAUCUUGAUCACGGCAUCAAUGCAAAUUCUCACAGUCACUGACCCGUGAAGGUUCACCUGCAUCUAUCAAGGCUACAUUGCAAAAGCUGGUAUGUUAACAGCAACAUUCAUACAGAUCUUUUGAAAUGGCAUGUAGCCAAGGUUAGUAAUCACAUAGAAGCUGAGUAGAUGCAGCUUCCCCCAUUGGAAAAUUAAGAAGAUCGUGCGGGAGAUGUGCGCACGAGGCCCAGAACUCCAAGUGAAGUCACAGAGUCUUCAGGAAGAUUGACGAUCAAGUGUUUCUGGUGGGUAGGAGUACUAUUAAUCGCACACCGAAGUCCCUAGGAUAGAAAGUGACAGAAGUCUUGGCUUUCCCAACCCAGAGCUUCGGGGAACUUAAGAGGGAGUUAGGCCGCCUGCCCUCGAAGCAGGGUGCGAUUAUGGCGUCGUCACCAAUUGCACAGGAUGGCUUCUCACCAAAUCGCAGGACCCUGUCCCCCACUCGCAGAGCCUCCCAGCCAGUCACCACAAACAAGAACGUGGAGUGGCUGAGUGCGCCCGAGGCCUGGACCUUCAUCGUGGCGCUGAUAUGCCUGGGGUGGCUGAUCCUCUCGCUAUUCAUGGACUCGGGCCUGGCCUGGACCUACGUGCACCUGCUGCAUGGGGUCAUCACCUACUACCUCCUCCACUGGAACAAGGGCUCCCCAGUGCAGAUGGACCAGGGCAAGUAUGACAGCCUGACCUUCUGGGAGCAGCUGGACGACGGGGUGCAGAACACCAACACGCGCAAAUUUCUCACCCUGGUCCCGGUGGCGCUCUUUUUGCUCGCGACCCACGGCACAGACUACCGGCGGCAGCCGCUCGGCCUCAACCUCAUAGUGCUGCUUGUGCUGGUCAUCGCCAAAUUCCCAGCCAUGCACAAGGUCCGCAUCUUCGGCAUCAACAAGUACUGAGCGCUGCGCGCUGUGCACGCCGCACGCUGUGCAUGCUGCCGAGUGCGGGCCAAUCGUGGUGUCUGUGCUGGGAGCGAGCUUGCCAUGCAAACUGUGCACUUGAGUGCACCCCAGUAAAGAUAAGAGCCGCUGCAAAAGGCAUUGGUUUUGUGUGGAGUGCUGGGGUAAGGUUGGCUGCACUCACGAGGCUUGACAAGCAUGAUUUGAAUGGCCGGUCACCGCCAUCAUGGUGAGGGCAGCAGGCAAUAUUGCAGAUAAAGUAGUACAUGAUAAUGCACGAACACAGGCAAUGGUGAUAUAUUCAGUGUCGAGUGCACGAGCAAAAAUUAUUCCAGUACUGCUUUUUGCAAGCUGGAUCUGUGCGCAGAGGCAUGCAGCUGGCUCUGAUGAUGCGUCAAAAUCCGCAAUUUGGCAUAUGGGUAACGGCGGCUGUGCUAUAUUGAACAACUUAUAAUGCUGUUGCUUUUGCAGCACCUGUGCUUUGGGAACCUUGUUAGCUUCACAAACUGGGCAGACAUUGCUGCGAAGAGGUGAUGACUCCUUUUGACCCUUCUUCUGAUUGGAAUAUGGUCUAUCAGUCAGGUUGCUUCCAAAUCCGAGGGUUGCUUUCAAGAUCAUUUGUAGGCUGUAUCUGCGUUUAAUAACGCAGUGCGCCCACUGCUUUUCCCAACCUCGGUAUGAAAAGUGUGAGAAGUCUCAUGUAUGGAAGUGGCAUGGAACGCCUCUCUGAGUUGCAAUUUGCUACACUAGACUAGCCUGAUGGCCUCGCAUUUCUGGAAGAUCAUUGGGUUGUGAAGCCUUGUAAAGAGCAUCCAAUG